AGGGCGGCGGGUGGAAGCCGGUGUAGGAGUGGGAAUCGCAGCGCAGCCACCGCCUCCGCCUGGGCCGGGGUCGCCCGCCCGCCGGCGAUGGGCACCGUUGCCUGAGCACCCGUCUGCCGCAUCUCCGCAGCGACCCCGCUGGCCGGGAUGGAGGCGCCGCCCGCCGGCCGCGUUCCCGCCGAGGGCGUCCCGCCGGCGGCCGUGGCCGAGGUGCGCUGCCCGGGCCCCGGGCCGCUGCGUCUGCUCGAAUGGAGGGUGGCGGCGGGCACAACCGUGCGCAUUGGCUCGGUGCUGGCCGUGUGCGAGGCCGCCGCCUCCGCGCAGCCCUCCGGACCUGCUCCUGCUCGCGCCGGCUCGGGUGGCUGCGUGCGCGCCGAGCGCAGGCUGAGGUCGGAGCGCGCCGGCGUGGUGCGGGAGCUGUGCGCGCACCCGGGCCAGGUGGUGGCUCCCGGAGCGGUCCUGGUGCGGCUGGAAGGAUGUAGCCACCCUGUUGUCAUGAAAGGUUUGUGCGCUGAGUGUGGCCAAGACCUAACCCAGUUGCAGAGCAAGAAUGGGAAGCAGCAGGUGCCACUGUCCACGGCCACCGUGUCCAUGGUGCACAGCGUCCCCGAGCUGAUGGUCAGCUCCGAGCAAGCUGAGCUGCUCGGAAGGGAAGAUCAGCACCGGCUGCAUCGGAACCGAAAGCUGGUCCUCAUGGUCGACUUGGAUCAGACCCUGAUCCACACCACGGAGCAGCACUGCCAGCAGAUGUCCAACCGGGGCGUCCUCCACUUCCAGCUGGGCCGAGGCGAGCCAAUGCUGCACACGCGCCUGCGCCCGCACUGCAGGGCCUUCCUGGAGAAGGUCUCCAGGCUGUACGAGCUGCACGUCUUCACCUUCGGGAGCCGGCUGUACGCACACACUAUCGCAGGCUUUUUAGACCCUGAGAAGAAGCUUUUUUCUCAUCGAAUAUUAUCGAGGGACGAAUGUAUCGACCCGUUUUCCAAAACUGGGAACCUUAGAAAUCUCUUUCCUUGUGGGGAUUCGAUGGUUUGCAUUAUCGAUGAUCGAGAAGAUGUCUGGAAGUUUGCCCCCAAUCUGAUCACCGUGAAGAAAUACGUCUACUUCCAGGGCACAGGGGACAUCAAUGCUCCCCCUGGGUCCCGGGAGUUGCAGGCAAGAAAGAAAGGGGGUCAUCCUCCUAAAGGUGCGGACGUCGCAGAGCAGGCCCCGUCUGCCAAGGAGUCAGAGGAGGGCAGGCAGGUGGCCGGGGUUGAGCAGAGCAACGGCCUCAGCAAGCCCGCGAGGGAGCUCAACGGGGAUGGUCCGCCACCUAGCCAGGCGGAGGAGAGGGCCACCCGGCCUGCCGCCCGCAUUCCCCUGGCCGAUGGCAGGGGGCCCACAGUGUGUGCGCGGCAACACGGUCGGACAUCAGCAGAGAAGCGGCCAGUUGUGAGCUCGGUGGGCAGCGACCUGGACUUCGAGUUGUCCAGUGAUAGCGAGAGCAGCAGCGACUCAGAGGGUCGGUCCUCUGAGGGCGAAAGUGGGGGGAAGAGGGGCCAGAAAAAGCCCCAGGCUGCUCGGGACCCCGGGAAGGUGGUGCCGCAGGGCGGGGCCCCUGGCCCCGGUGGGGAGAGGCCGGCGGGGGCGAAUCACUCCUCAGAGCCCGUGCCCAGCGUCCAGCUGGAGCCGCAGGAGGACAGUGAGCGGGACGGCCUGUGCGGGCUGGGGAGCAGUUGUGCCGACAGGAAGGAGGCUGAGACCGAGUCUCAGAACAGCGAGCAGUCGGGCAUCACGGUGGGCGAGUCUCUGGACCAGAGUGUAGAGGAGGAAGAGGAGGAGGAGGACGCGGACGCCGACGACCACCUGGUCCACCUGGAGGAAAUCCUGGCCCGCGUGCACUCCGACUACUACGCCAGGUACGACCGCUACCUGCGUGGGGAGGCCCAGGAAGCCCCCGACAUACGGAAGGUCGUCCCCGAGCUCAAAAGCAGGGUGCUGGCAGAUGUGGCCGUAAUAUUCAGCGGCCUGCACCCCACCAACUUCCCGGUGGAGAAGACGCGGGAGCACUACCACGCCACGGCCCUCGGAGCGAAGGUCCUCACGCAGCUGGUGCUGGACCCUGACGCCCCCGACAGGGCCACCCACCUGAUCGCUGCGCGCACCGGCACGGAGAAGGUGCGCCAGGCGCAGGAGUGCGGACGACCGCACGUGGUGAGUCCCGACUGGCUGUGGAGCUGCCUGGAGCGCUGGGAAAAGGUGGACGAGCAGCUGUUCCCGCUGAGCGAUGACUGCGGCAAGGCGCAGAGGGAGGACGGCCCGAUGGCUUUUCCCGACAGGCAGGGUGCACUUCCCACCACCUUGUUCCACCCAACGCCCGUCCAUCCCAGGGCCCAGCCUGGCCCCGAAGCCCGGAUCUACGACGCCAACACGGGCAAGCUCAUCCGGAAGGGCUCUGCGGGCCCCGGGCCUCCUGGCUGCCUGCCGGUCCACGCGGAGCACUCCUCUUUCAGAGCCGUUCAGCCACAUCAGCAGCAGUUUGGUGAAGAGUGGCCAGAUAACCCAGAUGGAGAGCAGCCUGGUCCUUCUAGAAGAAAGCGACAGCCCAGCAUGUCAGAGACACUGCCGCUGUACACUCUGUGUAAGGAGGAUUUAGAGAGUAUGGACAAAGAGGUGGAUGACAUCCUAGGAGAAGGCAGUGACGACAGCGACAGCGAAAAGAAGAAGCCGGAAGAGCAGGAGGAGGAGCGGGACAAGGGGCCUCGGCCCAGGGAGCCCAGGACCCCCAGGGCCCAGAGGGAGCACACGCUUGACUUGAAGCCACCCAGUGAAAGGAGCACGUUGGAUGGCCGGGGCCCCAGAGGCCACAAGAGAAAGCUGAACGAGGAGGACGCUGCCAGCGAGUCCAGCAGGGGCUCCAGCUGUGAGGACGAGGGGAGCAGCUCAGAGGCGGACGAGAUGGCCGCGGCGCUCGAGGCGGAGCUCGACCUCAUGUGACGUGCACGGCACCACCACCCUUCCGUGCCGGCCCACGAUGGGUUUUCUUUUCUCCAGAAGGACGUGUAUAUUUGCAGAGCUCCACAUACAGAAACAUUAUUUUGCAGAAGUAGGUGUUUUUAGAAGUUUUACACGGGAAAGAUGGGCAAGCGGUGCGCCCUGCCCAAGACCCGCAGAGCCGGCAGAGCACGGCUGGGGCCGGGCGCUCGGCCGUGGGGUGUGGGGCACCCUCUGGUGGCCCAUCACAGCGCGGGGUGCAGGUUGAGCUCCUGGCGCCGCGCAGAGCCCUGUAGGGAUGGCCGGGCAUCUUGUGCUCGCUCAGAGCCGAGGCCGCCGGGAUGCGAGAGCGUCUCCAGGUGAGCCAGGGCACUGUGUGGGCGGGCCCGCGAGCCCUGCUGUCCUCAGGUCCCUGGAGCUCUGCUGCUGACCAGGUUCCAGCACAGGGUCCACUCCACACAGCCUGGCCGUCUGCUCCGUAGACAGAGCUGAUGUAAAGUUUUGUAUAUCUGUUUCGUAUUUGACCCACCAACAGCUUUUUCUUUCAUUUAAUAAAAAUCCUUUUUGUAA